AUGGGAUCUCCAAACAAAACGUGGAGCGUACUCGCGUUUCUGCUGAAGUUCUAUGGGUUGGGCGUGCCGGCAGCGCUGGCGCGCCUGGUAUACUCGGUGGUGCGGCGCGCGGGGCGGCGCACGCUGCUGGGACUGCUGGGCGUAGAGGCCGCGCGGCACGCGGACCCGGCGGCGGCGGCCGCGCUGCGGGCGUCGGUCGGGACGUGCGUGCCGUGGUGGCACGCGCGGCGGUCGUUCGAGCGCGGCGGCGAGGUGCUGGAGGAGACGUACGUUGUGCAGGAUAGCGACCUGUUCGAGCUCGGGGGGCCGGCGGCUGCGGCGGCGGAGCGGACUGCGCGCGCGGUGUAUGUGUCGCGGCCCGACAAGCGGCACCCAGACGACCCGGUGGUGCUGUACGUGCACGGCGGGGCGUUCUGCGAGGGACUGACGCCGGUGGACUACGCGCUGGCUGCGAAGAUCACGGCGGCGUACCAGUGCACGUUCCCGCAGGCGGCGAUGCUGGCGCUGGACUACGCGGGCGCGGAGGACGGGGGCUUCCCGCUGGCCGCGCUGGACGUGGUGCAGCUGUACCGCGCGGUGUGCCGCGAGUUCCCGCGGGGGCCGAUCUGGCUGGUGGGCAGCGAGGCCGGCGGGCACCUGAUGCUGGGGCUGCUGCAGUACCUGGCCUGCGCGGACGAGGAGGGCCUGCGCUGGCCGCGGCGCGCGUUCUGCAUGACGCCGUGGCUCAACCUGACGGCGUGGAGCGCGGACGACGCGGAGUACGCCGCCGCGGACGCGGACCGCAGCGCCGUGCAUGGCUUCCUGCAGCGCAUGGCCGCGGCCUACUGCGAGAGUCUUGGCGAGGGCGCGCAGAAGAACCCGUACGUGAACAUCGAGGCGAACCUCAACGCCGACCGCUGGCGGCGCGUGCUCGAGAAUACCGAGAUCCACGUGGCUGUCGACGACUGCGAUGUGCUGGCGCCGCAGGCGCGCCGCUUCGCAGAGCAGCUCGGCCUGCCGGUCACGGACUAUGACCACGACGAGCUCGUGGCGGCCACGCUGAGCAUCUACGGCUACAGCGAGGACUGGCUACUAGACAACGGCCUGGCGUUUGCCAUGGCCAAGUUUUUCUACCUACACUAG